CAGUGUUGUGUGGAAAAUCGGACAUGCACUGAAAAUAAAYCCGGAAUUUUCCUUCAGAAUUACUACAACUUGCCUUUAUACGGGCUGUGAUGGUCUAUGAUACUUCUUCUUCACUCGUUCCUGUGUAUGACAACAACGUUAGUGAAGAUACCAAAGUACUCUGCAUUAUCAAAGAUGAGACUUCGGUCGAUUGGAAAUGGGAGACACAGACCAUUACAGUAAACCUUCCUGCUUCUUCUCCCGUCGCUGAACUAGUCUCUUAUGUGUCUAAAGAAGCGAACUAUAACGAAGAGUCUUUCCUUUUAGUAUGGGUUAACUCGCAUCAGCACGAGAAAGAUGCGAAGGAAGUUAUUCUCAAUGAUAUUCGAGAAACAAGUUUAGCAGAGUUGGGUCUAUCAWCUCAAGGUCGAAAUAGGUUCAUGAUUAAGCAGAAGGAUGGAGUUCAGCCAAUAAAAUUAAGGGAAGGACCUGAACCAUUUGAUAGUUCUGUGGGGAACCUGUUUCAAGAAAGCAAUGCAGCMAGUGCAAGCUCWUAUUCAGGYUCAUACUAUUCCGGUGAUCUCUCCUAUUAUGGAAAGUCUGAUACAGGUUUUGUGGGAUUAGUAAACCAAGCAAUGACAUGCUACCUAAACAGUCUGAUGCAGUCUUUAUACAUGACACCAGAGUUUCGUAAUGCCAUCUACAAAUGGGAAGCAACAGGAAGUGAGGAGAAGGACAUCAAGUGUAUUCCAUCACAGCUACAGAAACUCUUCUUGCARCUUCAGACAAGUACCAAGAAAGCUGUAGAGACGACUGACCUGACUAAGAGCUUUGGCUGGGAUAGCAGUGAGGCAUGGCACCAGCAUGAUGUCCAGGAAUUAUGUAGAGUGAUGUUUGAUGCUUUGGAAAGCAAGUUCAAAAACACUGAUCAGGAGGAUUUCAUCAACAAACUUUACCAAGGAAAAAUGAAGGACUAUGUAAAGUGUCUUGAGUGUGGUAAUGAGAGUGCACGGACGGACACCUAUUUGGACAUUCCUCUUGCUAUCAGACCUUUUGGUGAAAACAAAGCAUUUGGAAGUGUUGAAGAAGCACUACAUGCAUUUGUUACCCCGGAGACCCUGAGUGACACUAACCAGUAUUUCUGUGAAAAAUGCAACAAGAAAUGCGAUGCUCACAAGGGCCUCAAGUUUCUCAGCUUUCCAUACCUCCUAACUUUGCAACUGAAGAGAUUUGCUUUUGAUUACAAUACUUUACAUCGUAUUAAACUCAAUGACAGGAUGACUUUUCCGCAGUUUCUUGAUCUGAACAGCUUCAUAGAUGACCAAGAGAAUUCCACUGAUGAYGACCARAGCAUUAAAGGGGAUUCCCCUAGCAGUACAGAGACAGACAGUGGUGUAAGUGAAGGUUAUUCUGAUAAUGGUGUAUUGACAGAAGAUGAGGAUCCAUCUGUACCUGGUAAUGUUAAUGAUGUCCAAAGCGAUGACCAGUCAGAUGACCAGGAAGAAGAUGGUGCCCUGCAAAGUGAGUCAGUACCUGGUAAUGUUAAGGGUCCUCAUGUUUAUGAACUCUUCUCCAUCAUGAUUCACUCUGGGAGCGCUAAUGGUGGUCACUACUAUGCUUACAUCAAGUCACUCUCAGAUGAUCAGUGGUAUUGCUUUAAUGAUCAGUCCGUCACAAGGAUUGGUAGUGGAGAAAUUGAAAGAAGCUUUGGAGGGUCAGAGUAUUCAAGRGGAUACUACUCAUCUAUCUACUCAAGCUCCACCAAUGCCUACAUGUUGAUGUAUCGACAAGUGAAUCAACARAGAAAUAGUAAAUUCCUUGAAUUCAAUGAAUUACCAGCUCACAUUGUGAGACUCUUACAAAAGAUUAAAGUCUCUGAAGAAAUGGAGAGAAAACGUAAAGAAGAUGAAAAAAACACUUGCAAAAUAAAAGUGUUCUACAAUCAUCCUAUACUAAAGAAAUUAUGUGAAAGAAGACUUGAAAUUCACAAAGACAGAACUCUCAAUGAAGCUGUGGAAGUCUCCAUGAAGCUUUUACCAGUUGAGAUUAAAUACACCAAGGAUUUAUGCCGUUUGGUCAAGUAUGAUGAAUACUAUGAUACAAUAGAGAAGUCAUAUGAGGGAGAMGAGGACACGCCAAUGGGUGUGCURCUGGGCGGAGUCAAGUCCUCAUACACUUUUGAACUCAUGUUGGAAACUCGAGAACCACAUGAAGUAUUCCCCAUCUACAAGACWGGAGGGACAACUCUAAGAAUACACAAAGUCGAUCUUGAUAAAGAAGAAGUCUGUCCUCCUGUUAAUGUACGUGUUUACUUAGAUGACACAAUUAAGGUCCUCAAAGAACAUGUUUCAGAGAAACUUGGCAUGUCAGCCGAAAAGAUGAGAAUAAUCAUGGAAUCRCAAAGUGAACUGAAGCCACUAGAAAACCCUAAUAAACAACUCAGAGACCUGGGAUACUUUAAGUCAGCAAAGAUGUUUGUAGAGAGUUCAGGAACUGAGGAACAUGUACUAUUUUCUGAUUCUAAACUUUACCAAACACUUGAUAGUCAUCAACAUACAAUAAGACUGUUAGUCUCUGUACCUGAUCCUUCUACUAAACCAAAUUUUGAUGACCAGUCAGUCAAUAUAUAUGACAAUCCUAAAGAAUCCACCUUUGAAUAUUCAGGUAUGAUCAUCAUUAUCAUUAUUGUCUAUAGAGUUUACUCCAACAAUCAGGAAAUUGAAUUAGUGCGAUAUCAAGAUAAACUUAGCAAUUUUAUAGACGAUACUAAGAUUACAAUAAAAUAUGGUCGCGCACUAAAGAAAGACGAAAAUCACAUUAAAGUUCACUUACUAAAACCCAACAAUCCAGACGAACCAUUCUGUUAUUUGUUUGACUGGGUUGUUUACAAAGGAUUGACAGUUGGAAAAUGUAAAGAAUUACUAUUACCUGAAUUACAAAAGAAAUGCGAUUUACAAUGUCCUGUACAAAAUUUACGAUUACGCAAAAAAACCUGGAAGAACCCUGGUACUGUCUACCUGGACAAACARGUUUUCGACGACGACAUCGCCAUUUAUGCUAAUUUUGAGGUUUUCGURGAAGAACUUGAAGGUCCAGAACGAGUCACUUCUACGUCAAUUAUUUCUCUGUACGUGAGCCAUUGGCAGCCAUCCACUCUUACCAUCGGACCUUUACGUGAAGUUGUUCUGGUACACAGCACACCAGAUGAACUCAAGGACGAGAUCGCCAAACUCAGUGACAUUCCUGUAGAAAAUAUUGAAUUUGCAAAGGCUCGUUCCAGUCCUUUCCCAUGUUCCACAUCCGUACUUGAAAUACACGAUCAAUUGGACUGGAACCCAAAUGCUACAUCACUACGCAGYAGUCCUCUCUACAUUUCAGACGAUGGCGCGGUCGUUUAUUACAGAGAUAAAACUGAAUCACUGAUGGAAAUUAGCGAAGAGAAAAARCAAGAUAUUUUAAAGAAAGAAAAUACCAAACCCAGUAUAGCACCAACCAAACCGACGUCAUUCUCAUAUAGGGAAAAGGCUCUUAAAAUAUAUAAGGACGGUGAGAAACCCACCACGUGAAGGCGACGCCCUCGCAUCACGUGSAGAACCACACCCAGCUCCAAUUGCUUUCAAUGUACAUCUUAAUUUAGCAAUUAUAAUAUGGAGACGUCAAUAUUCUUGACGUCUGUAUUACACACACUUAUGGACUUCUAACCACUUUGACCACGCCCUUUGAGCACGUGAAGGACACACCUACAGACACCCCACAUUCCAGUGUUCGCCGGAGAAUCGCUUGAAAACAAAUGUCUCAAGAUGUCGACUUGAUCCAGGGAUUUAUGGUUAAGCCCUUCGACCACGUGUGAGUCCACGCCUUCUAAUUAAGAAUCGAGUCUCCUUUACAUCCGGUCUUUUGGGUCUGGGACCCCUUUACAUCACAUAUCCGGCAAAACUAAUAAAAAAGCCGUAAAGGAAGCUAUCACAUACUUGGUCUUUAAUGGAACUGUGACUGCUAUACUGACAACUUGGAACUUCUGUCUUCGUAUAUUGUCUACCCGGUGAAAUCACACCUACCGAACUUUGCGCGAUUUGACAGGGUGAUUUCAUGUAUUUCAAAUGAAGCUGAGGUCGCUGGAAAAUGUGAGUUCGUCCAAUUGAUAACAUCUAUUCAUUGAAUGGCCUUUUUACAUCCAGGGAGGGUGUAAAGGGUGUGUUAGCUGCGAUAUCUACUGCUCUAUUUGAACGGCUAUAUUUUUGUAUUUUGUAAGUGAAUGGGUUGUUCGCUCGACGGCUUUGACAGCAGAAUGCACAACAUAUGUUCAUUCUUAUGUCAAGUGUUUAUUCUCUUUUGAGAGUACUAAACAACUCCUUUUUUCGGUUCAAAGAGGAUAACUCCUUUAUGUGACAGAGGCUGUAACAGCCAACCUGAAAGAGAAAUCAGCAAAGCAUGUCAUCAUUGCAAUGCAAUAGCUCUGAAAACGGGUAUUCUUUUCGAAUUAAAACUAGCCCUGUACCAGCCCUUGGCCACCCUCAAAAUUCGUAGAAAUUGCACAUAAUUAGUGCUAUUAUGAUAGCAUAUUUCAUCAUGGAUCCUUUUAUUUCUUAUCCUCUUUGAACUGAAAAAAGGAGUAUCGAUUGGAUUACUUUAUGAAAGAAAGGGUCUAGUAGUAUAUGAUGUCGUCAUGGCAAUGUCAUUUUCACUUUGUGACGUCAUGCGGCGACAUGCACCAUGGGAUUGACGUAAGUACCCACUGACGUCAUAUUGUGUGUUGGGCUAUUUUUAGUACAGAAAUAACAACAGUUCGUGAAGAUGCAUUGCAACUAGACGUGCUUAUUGAUCAAAGGUGAUCGUUGACUAUUUUGCUGUAAUCGAAAUCAGAUUCGUUAAUGAAAGACUCGCGUUAUCUGUUUAUGCAUUUAUCAAUACCGCGAUGCACUUCGCCAGAGCAACGUGACGUCAUAAGGAUAAAAAUAUCAUUGCCUCUCACAUCGUCAAGUAUCCAAAAGAGAAAAUCCAAGAUGCAUGGAUGCUUUUCAAAGACAUCGCAGGCGUGCAUGAAAAAGGAAUUUUUGGGCRAUGUUCCUUAUGUUUUUUUUUCUCGAAAACAAACCGUAUUUAUGCGUGCGUCUGCGAUGUUUUGGAAAUCGACGUGCAGUUUGGAAAUCCUCUGAUACCAUUUACGAUGAUUGAAUGUUUUUUASCAAACAACCUCUAUCUUGAUAAAGUUUCUAUUGUAUCAGUGGAAAACGGAUAAUGCUAAUCCCCUUCGAGCCUUACGAUAUGCAGUUGAACUACAGACCCAUGAUAUUUGUUCCGUUUUCCAUUCAUACGAAAUCCAUUGUAUAGUAGCAGAAUAGGACACUGUUAGUAUGUUGUAARGCAUACGAGUUUCUACUGUUUAUCAUAAAAUAAAGACAAUGCAAAAAAAGGUA